AUCGUAUCGUGGUAAAACGUGAUACGAAGUAACGUAUUCUGCUUGAAUUUCACAAUUUCUGAUCGUUUUAUAUAAAAUUAUAUUCUUAUAAUUAGUAUAAAAUUCAUAAGUUAAUCCUGUGGAUAUGGUGGUAACCGGUGGGCCAAAGAACUUGCCUUCAUACGUUCACAGAUACUCUCGAAAAAAAGCAUAUAUAAGGAGGCGACGAUUAUUGAGACUCUUGGAGGCAGAAGCUCAAAUAGCUCAAGAAAUUGAUGCAACAAGUGCAACGGCUUCAAAUGCAUCUACGGAAAACAUGCCAAAAGUACGGUUGUAUUCGCGCUCUAUCUUAAACACUCGUCCAAUCAAUAUGAUAUUAAAUUUGGAGUGCACAGAGGAGCCUUUAAGCGAAGCCCAACAGACAUCAAAAAUAAAGCUCAAAGAGAAUUAUGAUAAAGUUGUAACUACCUUGGAAAAUCUAGAUAAAGACCAUGGAGACAAAUUGGUAUGCCAAGUAGGGAACGUCAGUGGUUAUCAAUAUACAUUACCUACAGUGCCAACAUCGGCUCCAGCGGUAGUUCAGAAUAACCCUCAGAUUUUAAAUGUAACCCAACCAAACAAGAAUUCAGCAUCAAUUAAAUUAAAUAUUGGCAAUGCAAGUGGAUCUCAAGGAAACAUUCAGCUAGUGGUUGACCCACGUAUGGGAGUUAUUUUAGGACCUGUUACACAAACCCAAGGUACAACCACUACAACCACCUCUGUUGCUACAACUGGGAAACAACUUCAACAAGAGAAUUUUAAUAAAGUAUCAGAUCACAAAUAUACCAAAACUGGGCGUAGGACAAAAGUUUUGCAAGUGCAACAACCCGAUAUUAUAGAAGAGCCUGCACCAUCAGUUACUCGCGUUAAACCAAAGCCUGGCCCAACACAUGUAGCGAAUAAAGGUUCUUCAUCAAUUACUACUACUACUUCUCAAGGCGUGACAAAUAUCAAAAUAAAACCUAUCAGUAAGACAGUAACUCAGUCGUCUACCAAACCUACAGAACAUACUAGUAUAGGUGGAAUAGCCAUCGGCAGCAACAAUACUGUCAAUGAACAGAUUGAUGAAAGCAAAAAGAAUCAGCCUGAUAGCAGAGAAUUCACGUUUAACAAAACGACUGGCGGCCGAACUUUCCCCUCCUUGGUUGUAGUAGCAAGACCGAAUUUACGUAACAAAGAAAUUUCAUCACAAAUGGCACAAAAAGAAAGACAAGCAUUAGACGCCAAAGUUAAGAACGUUCUCAUGUUUUCUGCUACAAAAUUUGCCGAAUGGUUGAUACAACAGGGCUUAGUAAAAUCAGAACAAUACUGUUUGCAGCAUCCUAACUAUCAGAAACCUAAACUCAAAUUAGGAAUGUACAGCGAUCAAGGAACAUUUCCCUAUUCCGGCGGUUAUGUUUGGAUAUCCAGUUGUUGUCCCGACAGAUUCGUCUCCGUCUUUUCCGGUUCUAUUUUUCAGGGAGCCCAUUACACACCUACAGUCUUGUUAAAAUUGAUUUAUCAUUGGGCAUGUCAAACUAAUGUGCAAAACGUAAUAGCCUGGGUAAAAGUAACCAAUAUAUACCUAAAAAACUUUUAUACGAAUCUACGUAGCAUUUGCACAGCGACAUUAUGGGAGAAAUCGGGUAAAAUGGGCGGUAAAAAUGCAGUGAUACAAGUCGGUGUGAUUAGUUUAGGCACGACAUCGCAAGAUGGACAUUUGCGACAGGUGAAAGUCGAGGUUCUUGGAGUUUUAGAUCCUACUACAUUGGAUAUACGAUUACGUGCUUGUGAACCAAUGCAGGAUGGGGAUAAAUCAUUUAAGAGACGAUUUAAUAAUAUUCUACACCCAUUAAAAGAAUGGGUCCAUACAGACUCCAGAAUAAUGACUGACUUCACUGUCGACAAAAGCACGUUGCACGAUAUGGGCUAUAAUCACGUCAUGCAGUCUGCAUUUGCAGAACAGAGCUCUAGAAAUUUUAUGAGCAAUUAUCAUAUUAUGGAAUAUCUUAGAAAAAUUGUGCCGAGAAUGUUCCAGAAUACAUUGAGUUUACUUAGUAGACAAAUGAUACAACAAUUCCUAGACGAAUUAAUAUGGAGGGAAAUGUAUGGUGCUACAGCAGAACGUGCGUUUGACAAUAUUAUUCGGCAUAUCGCGGAGCAAACUAGAUUCGAUUCCAAUGAUUCUUUGCUAGAUCGCUUGUCAAAGAUAGCUGCUAAUCCAUUUCAAGAUUGGUCUUGUUCCAAGUCAACUGAUACGCCAAUCACGUCAUCGAAAGAUCCAAUAGUUCCAGUAACUACUUCAGUGGCUCCAAUAACUCCAAUAACUAAUGUGAUCACAUCAUCCCAGAAAACCUCCGACAACACACUGCAAGAAAUUGCUGCAAAACAGAGUACGCGCCGAGGAAGGAAGCGAGGUCAUCCCAUAACAACUCCGGAACACGAAGUAAAAAGAGCAGCAAUUGAGCCUAAGAAUAAUAAAGAAAAAGAGAAAGAAGAUAGAAGCGAGAAAGAGCAAAUUCAACUUCAAGAAUUAUAUUAUGCUACAAUGGAAGGUGAUAAGAAUCUAAUUUUAAAGGAAUCCAGAACUUCUUUACGCUUCAAGUGCUUCCUCUGCACGACAAUAAUGAGAUCUAAUACCGAAGUGAUGGAGCAUAUGGUUAGUCAUGUUCCACCACAAGUACCGGGUCAAUCAGAAUUGUCGGUAUGCCGAUACUGUUGCACCCCGCUUUCGUCGCAGCAUCAAAUGCUUACUCAUGUGUCAGAAACACACAGCAAUUUCGGUCAUUCCGAUAGCGUCAUGGUAGUUUGCGCCAUUUGCGAGGAGAAAUUUGGAAAAAACAAAUCGUUAAUUGAUCAUUUGUCAGUGAUGCAUUAUCCUUCCGAAAUGCCGUAUCAGUGCGAAAGUUGUGGCUAUCGUACAUCCAGUCAUAAGGAUGUUAUAGAUCAUUAUUAUAAAUCUCACGAAAAAGGCGAAGGAUUGCAGUGUCCGUACUGUCUUAAAGUAAUACAAUUUGUGAACAAUGGCAGCCCGAAUGUGUCCAACGUUUACGCUUUCUUGUCGCAUAUGCAAAGGCACAUUGUAAGAAGAGAUCAAGGAAAAGGCAAUAAAUGUCCAAGAUGCUGUCUCUGGUUCAAUCAAAAAAGUUCCUUAACAAUACAUCAACGAGAAUUACACGACUGCAUUUCUAAUUCAAAAGCAGUACCAUAUACUAUCAGUGGCGGUGGCAUAAUGAUCUCGAGAAACAUACCGGAGACAGUGCGACAUUCUGUAAAUAGUCCUCAACCUGAACUACCAUCAGAUGAAAAAAUACAAAAGUGGAAUACUGGAUCAAUUACAGUGAAUACUUCCAUUAGAUAUUUGUCUUGUCAGGAAUGUGAAGAAGAUAUUGAUGAAGAUGAACAUUAUCCAGGUGAGCAACGAUGUCAACAGUGCCGUUAUGUUACGUGUUGUUGGCGUGCAUUUAAAGAACACCAACGACAAAUUCAUAAUGAAAGACCGAAGACCAGUUUGAUCGUGCCAUCCCCUUUAGUUAAUGUCCCUCUAGAUAAAAAACUGCAAUGCUCGUGUGGUUACACAUCGAACGAUGGCAACCGAUUAGCAAGACACUUAAUAAAAUGUAAAAGAUUGUCGGCACGUCCCGUGGAUGAAUCGACAUCUGGAAUGCUCGAUAGUUUGGGAUUAGUUCCAAGAACCACAUCCGAGGAAUUUGAUGCCCAAGAGAAAUCCAAUCUACGCAAUUAGGUGCGGCAAAAACUAAAAAUCAUCCAAGACCACCAUCCAAGAAGCACCAAAAUUUGAUUUUGUAAAUCAAUGAACUAUUAACGCUAGCAUGAACUAUAUAUUAACGAUAUAAGUUUAAUUUUUAAUUUUUGUUCAAAAUAUAUCAAAUAUAUUGACAUGUACAUCUUGUCCAUUUGACUUGAAAUAAUGUUGUUUUGUAUAUUGACGCUAAUAAAAUUAUAUAUUAUGCCAAAUUUUAA